CGUAGUGUAGUGGUUAUCACGUUCGCCUCACACGCGAAAGGUCCCCGGUUCGAAACCGGGCGGAAACAGCGUUGUUGUUUUUCCCCCCCCCCCCACCUGUGUGGAUUUCCUUUAAAACUCCAUUUAUUUAAAAACUCUUCACGCCGCCUUUUCUUGUCUCUCUUGCCCCAGGCUGUGGUGCUGAAGCGACGCUGCUCAAGGUGGGUCCGGAGCCCGCGGCCCCGGAGGCGGACACAAGCAUCGCGAGGGGGAGAACCGGGCUGUCCCCGGCUCUGCAAGGCGGCCCGACGCCCGCAGCCCCGGAAGCGCAUCCUCGCCUUGCCUUCCUGUUCCCGGCAGCGCCCGGCUCCGGGCGUCUCUGCGCUGGCCCACUGUCCGCGCCGGCCCUGCCCCAGCCGAGAGCACCUGCGCGGCAGGCCCGCAGCUGGCAGAGUCGCGCCCCUCACACGGCCGCGAGACUCGGAACAGCUGCAGUGGCUCUCCUGGGCUUCGAGUGUGAAUCUCUGGGAAAAGCGGAAGCCGGGAGGACACUGAAUGGUUUCCAGGUUUUUGAAAUUACAGGGUUGCUAGAAACAUUCUUGUAGGGGUCUCCUGUGCACAGCCCCAAGAAUUCCUCCAGAAAUCUUUCUAGGAGCAGUGAGGAAGACAGAAGAACCACUUGGGCUGGUAAAGCCAUCUGCCAGGCACUACUGCCACCAUGCCCAAGAGAAAGGCAAAAGGAGAUGCUAAAGGUGACAAAGCAAAGGUGAAGGAUGAGCCACAGAGGAGAUCGGCACGGUUGUCUGCUAAACCUGCCCCUCCAAAACCAGAGCCCAGGGCAAAAAAGGCCCCUGCAAAGAAGGGAGAGAAGCUGGCCAAAGGGAGAAAGGGGAAAGCAGAAGGCAACAAAGAUGGGAACAACCCUGCAAAAAACCGAGACGCCUCCACAGUCCAGUCACAGAAAGCAGAAGGCACCGGGGAUGCCAAGUGAAGUAUACGUUUUUGAUAGCUCUGUACUUCUAGUGACUCUACUGUUUGAAAUACUAUUUUUUUUAAAUCAAAUUUUGUAAAAACGUAGAUUUUUUUUUUUUAAGUUAUGUUGUUAGCACACAAGACGCUUCGUUGUUAUCUUUUGUGGAAAGGGCAAAAUAACCACUAGUAGAAUGUUUCAGAAGCUGGAUUGAAAUGGGGGAAAACAGAAUUUUCUAUCGUAUUUGAAGAUUAUUCUUGGUUCCCAGGAGAGAUUCUCCGACAUUCACACAUGACAGCCACUAUGGCUCAGAAGCCUUAUCGUGUGGGGAAGCAAAACUUCGUGUCUUCUCCUUUCCUGAUGCCAUCGAAAACGCAUCCUUGACUUCCUGAAACCAAGAGUCAUGAUGCGGCCUUGGCACCCCUAGAAUCAGCUGCGUCAGGUAACAAUACUCAGGAUCUCUAGUGAUGACAUCAAGAUGGUAUUGCUCAAAAGAGCCAGGAUUCCUGUUUGUAGUUUGUGGAUCAUCUCAUUAAUAGUCCUGGAGUUUUUAGUUCCUUUCCUCCAUGUCAGAGGUGACCUGUGAAAAGCUCUUAUAUGCCUCUUGUGAAAUAUUCACCCUUUCUGAAAACUUUUCCUGUUCAUUGCAGCAACAGACUUUGUUGACUUUUUGGAGAGGGGAGUUUGAAAGCUGUAAGAUGUUACGGAUUGUCACCCAUGUCCUGCUGGAAGUAACUAUUUUUGAAAAGUAUCUUAUAAAGCUGGAUACAAGUUGGCUUCAUGGGAGGGGAGGGAUCAUUUCCUACUCCAAGUCAUAAAGAUAUCCUUUACUGCCUUGUAAAAGUUUUAUAGUUUUGCUUUUCACAUUUGUCUUUAGUCUUCCCUGAACUGAUUUUUGCAAAAAUAUGAGAUAGUAAUUCAAUAUAAUAUUUUUUCCAUAUGGUAAGUGGUUGUCCCAACCACUUGGUUGUCCCAACUUUUCUGAAAAGUUCAUCCUUUCCCCACUGAUCUGUAAUAGUGGCUUUUUUCAUAAAUCAAGUUUCUUUUGCACGGGGCGGGGUGGGGGGGAGCUGGGAGAGGUCUGUUGAUGGUUUCGAUUCUGACUCACUGGUCAAUUUGUCUAACCUUGUGGCAAUACUAUACAAUCCUGAGUACUACAACUUUAGAAAAAGGUCUUGAUAUCUCAGGACAAAUACCACCUCCACCUUUAACAUCACCACCAAACUUUUCUUCGUUGGAGUAUCUUGGCUAUAUUCUUAGCCAACUGCUUUUCCAUAUAACUUCUAGAAUUAGAUUGACAAGUUCCAAAUCAAACUAACAAAAGGUGGAAUUUUUAUUGGAUUUGUAUUAAAUUUAUAGAUUAAUUAUAAUAUUGAGUCUUCCAAUCCAUGAACAUGGUAUAAUUCUCCAUUUAUUUAGGCUUUCUAAAUGUCUUUCAAUAAAGUUUUAUAAUUUUCUCCAUAAA